GAAAAAAAAAACAAAUCAAAAGGGUGGGGAAAAGAGAGAGGAGAACGCCCCCCCCCCCGCCUCCUCGAUCCCGACGAGACUGACCACCGCGGCGAUGGAAUUCUCCAGCGGCGGCGGCGGCGGAGGCGGAGGCGCUACUCUGUCGGAGAUGUACCAGAGCGCGCGGCGCCUGCUGCUCUCGGCGCGCGACGGCGUAGCCCGCGUCGAGCGUCUCGCCUCGGCGCCCACCUCGUCCUCCUACUCCUCCUCGGCGCCGCUCGUCGGGGGCGGCGCCGCGGGGGACCCGGCGGCCGCCGAGGAGGUGCGGCGGGAGGUGGCGCAGAUCCAGACGCUGUGCGCUCAAAUGGACCGGUUCUGGCGAUCCAUCCCCGCCAAGGGCCAGCGCGACCUCUGGAAGAGAAAAGUGGAGCAGCUGUCUGAAGAGGUUGAUUCACUGAAGGAAACCCUUGACAGGCAUUCCUUGCGUCAACAAAAGCGGAUUCUGGAAGCAAAAGAAAGGGCGGAGCUAUUUGAGAGAGCUAAUGGUGAGUCCUCACAUGUCCUUCGAAUAUUCGACGAUGAAGCCCAGGCAAUGCAAUCAGCUCGUAGCUCCUCGCGCAUGCUUGAAGAAGCUUAUGAGACAGGUGUGGCUAUCCUUCACAAGUAUGCAGACCAGAGGGAUCGACUUAAGAGUGCUCAAAGGAAAGCUUUGGAUAUCCUGAACACUGUUGGUCUAUCAAACUCUGUUUUGAAGCUUAUUGAAAGGCGGCACCGUGUCGACAAGUGGAUUGCGUAUGCUGGUAUGAUCAUCACCGUAGUGGUGAUGAUUGCGUUUUGGCGGUUGACACAUUAGUGCUGCACUGUGUUUUGAGAUAUGGUAUGUGCAAAUCACGGGAAUAGGUCAGAUAUUGAAUUGUGAAAGUUUCGUGCUGAUACUGGACCAGUUUAAGUUUGCUCUUGUAGUCCUUCUCUGUAUGCACCAUUCUGACCAGUUGAUGGCCUCAAGUGUCAAAGUAGGUUCUUCCGCCAACAUCUUUCGUGUUAGCUACUUUGCAAGUUCAAUGCAAGCUUACAUGUGGGUUAAAUACUCAUUCCUUAUCCUGUAUGCACAGAGCUGUGUAGUCUAUUAUAUUACAAUUCCUACACAUACUUUGCUGUAUGCCAAAAAAAAAAGGUGAUGGUACUAUUUCUGUACAAAAUAUUCGAUUGCCUAUUUCUGUACAAAAUAUUUGAUUCGUAGCAAAUAAAAGUGGAACUAGGAUUUAUCUGUGGAA